AAAACUAGCUCCUACUUUUACCUUCUACUUCAUUGCUAUUUUGAAAAGCGUGUUAUGGCAUGUAUAGAGUUGAAUAUGUUUUUAUAAUCAAAUUUUUUCCAGUUAUUUCCACGAAAAGAUAAUAAAGACUGAAAUCAAGAUGAAUUUCGUUGGAAAACAGUGUUUGAGAAAUUUACAAAACAACGUUAGAAGUCACAAUCUGCCGAUCACAAGGCUCGGUAGAACUUUCACCUUUAAAAGCGCUUUAUCUCUUGAGAAUUUAUAUCCAGGAAGCAGACAGAAACUGCAUACUCCAAAUUUUGUACCGGAUCCUAAAGCAAAGUUCAGUGGUUACAUACCGUUGGAUAAAAUACAAAUAACAUAUAGUGCUAGCAGCGGUCCAGGAGGACAAAAUGUAAACUCUGUAAAUACCAAAGUAGAUUUAAGGUUUCAAGUGAACAAUGCUACCUGGCUGUCGGAGGAAAUCAGAACGAAAUUAUUGGAACAGAAUAAAAACAAAAUAAACAAAGAUGGUUACUUGAUAAUUAAGUCAGAUUUAACAAGAUCUCAACAUUUAAACUUGGCGGAUGCUCUUGAGAAAUUAAGGACAAUGGUAAGAGCUACUUUUGUAGCACCACCAGAACCAUCACCAGAAUCGGAAGAGAAGAAGAGAAAAAAAUUACUGAAAGCCGCUAGGGAAAGACUACACGAGAAGAGAAUUCAUUCACAAGUCAAACAAAGCAGACAAGCCUCUACAUUUGAUAUUUAAGUCAAUUAGUUCAAUUAUUUAAUUAUAUAAGUGCUGUAUAGUAUAUAUAAAUAUAAACUA